AUGAUGCUCCAGCCUGCGGGUGCAGGCGCAUCACCUCAUUUGGUGCGCAUGUCUAGGGACCAGCCCGGCGAGCUGCACGCGGAUUCGGAUUCGGCGAAGAGCUCUUCAAGCUGUCCGACAACUCCUUUUCAAUCAGUGACGACGGUAGGCUCUCUGGAGAUAUCGAAGUCUCCGGCUCGAGUUCCACCCGCUGGCGCACCAGCUGCAUCCGUUGAGCAGACAGCAGUUGCGAGCUCUUCAGUUGCCUCCUCGCGGCAGGUCAAUGAGAGCCAACGGCGAGUCCUGUACGCAAAACGAUUGAUAGAGCAGUAUUACCGCAACUUUGCCCACGCAUUCAACGAGUCCGAAGCACGACGUCAACUUCUUGAGGAACGGCUCGAGCGCCUUCGUCUCUCGGAUGCGGACAAACAGAUGCUACGCCGCGAGCACUUCCGACGGGAAAAGGAGUUCGCGCGCGAAAUGCGCAGUCGAAUAACCCUCGAUGACUUUGAACACAUCGCAAUUAUCGGCCGGGGAGCGUUUGGCGAAGUUUCCCUAGUCCGCAGUUGCGAGUCCGGCGAGCUCUACGCCAUGAAACGUCUCCGCAAGAGCGAAAUGCUUCGCAAGGACCAGGUGGCGCACGUACGAGCCGAGCGCGACCUCCUGGUGCUUGCAGAGUCCGCUUCAUACGUCUGUAAGCUAUACUGCACGUUCCAGGACGCUGAACACCUGUACCUUGUCAUGGAGUACCUACCGGGCGGUGAUCUUAUGCAGUUGCUCAUUCAGAGGGAUACCCUUGACGAGGACAGCACACGUUUCUACGCUGCCGAAAUCGGAACCGCAAUCGAGCAGGUGCAUCGUCUAGGAUUUACUCACCGCGACAUCAAACCUGACAAUAUUCUUAUCGCGAAGGAUGGUCACAUUCGAUUAUCCGACUUUGGACUCGCUGCGGCCUAUGAGCUGCAAGUCUACGGCAUGGCGCCGUUGUUGGAACCGGGCGCAGAUCUGACGUAUACCGGCGGGGAUCGUAUCGCAGCUAUGAGCGAGGCAGAACGCAAAGGCUCCUGGCGACGCGGUCUACGACGCCGCAUGUUUUCCACGGUCGGCACUCCGGACUACAUCGCACCCGAAGUGCUCAUGAAGAGGGGUUACGGCAAGGAGUGUGACUGGUGGAGUCUGGGUGUCAUCAUCUUCGAAAUGCUCUACGGAUAUCCGGCCUUUUAUUCGGAAAACUCCGUGGAGACUUGUCGCAAAAUACUCAAUUGGCGCACGACGUUGCAGUUCCCCGCGAGACCGAACGUGUCUCCAGCAGCCAAAGACCUCAUCCGUUCUCUCUUGACAGAUCCCGAAAACAGGUUGGGCGCCCGCGAAGGUCUCGAGGACUUCAAACGUCAUCCCUUUUUCCACGGCUUUGACUGGAAUCGCAUGCGAGAGAUGCGGGCACCGUUCGUGCCCGAACUCAGUCAUGAUGCCGAUACUCGCUACUUUGACCACUUCGAGGACGAUACGCACCCAAAAAGCCAGGAAGCCAAGGCCACUGUACCGCCUGCGGGACGCACCGGCACUGAACCGCGGAGCACUGCACCCGCGAACACUCUGGCGAGCCCAGCACGCCCGCGACCAGCUGUCACGCUGCCGCCUGCUGAUCAGCGAAAGCCCCAACAGGUGCCCCGUGUAGUUGACAUUGAGGGCGCCCAAGCGGACGCCUCGUUGACUUCGACGAACGCCAGGUCAUCGACAGCCUCGAGGACACCCACGACAAGAGCGUUCCCGCUGAACGCGGACCCAGCAAGUCGCAAACAAGGCGAGCUCCGGGGUUCGCGUAAAAUCUUUCGGGAGCAGCUUCGAAUGCAGCCUUUUCUUCGGUACUCGUAUCGAGACCUGCACGCUCUAGGAGAGGGCGACGCGUCGUUCCUUGGUUUCACGUACCGUCGUUUUGGUGUUCGGAGCCAACAGCGAGGUUCGCUGCGAGGGGCUUUCGACCCCAAACACCCGUCCUAG